GAUGGGCACCAUUGCUUCAUUGUCCGGUACCGGUCCGGCGAGGAUCUCGGCCUGGACAUGCACACGGAUGACUCCGACGUGACGAUGAAUCUCUGCCUGGGGUUGGAAUUCGCGGGCGCCGGCUUGCAGUUCUGCGGCAUGGUCGGUGCAACAGAUCAUCGCAAACACUGCUACACCUACUACCACAAGAAGGGCACCUGCGUCAUCCACCUUGGACGGCGGCGGCACGGUGCAGAUGACAUUACGUCCGGUGAGCGUCUUAACCUCAUUCUGUGGAACCACUCCAGCACGUACAGAGCAAGUGAUGAGUCCGAGAACCCAGACUAUCUCAUAGAAGAAGGCCCUCCAGAUGCUGUUUGCGUGAGCUACACGCAUGACCGAGACUUCGGGCACUUCAAGGAGUAUCCAGCAGGCAAAGAGCACUUCCGCGGUCGUGGCUGGUGUCCUCGGAGAAAGCUGGAAUACAAAGGAUUCACCCCGGACUGCGACGAAGAAGUAGCCGCCCCAAGGAGCUGA